AUGUCCCAAGCCUCGGACUCCAAGCUUCGUCUCCCUCGGUUGAAAGACAGUCUUGCGAAGAAGAUCUGGGACAAGGCGGUCGUGAAUGAGGACCCUAAUGCUAGACUGGUCGGACAAUUGAAGGAAGAAGUCGAUACUCUGCGGCCUCGGACCACGGAAGGUCAUAGCCGAGACACCUGUGAUGCCAGUCUCUCGCCAGAGGAACAGAUCGGUGACCCCCAGAACCUCACCCCACUAGAUCGUUGA